AUGAUUCAAACACUUCAAUCACCACCAGAAGCUGAGGAAGAAAUACAAUUAACGCAAGAAAAAGUAUCAAAAUCUGUACACUUUCAUGGGCAAGAUCAACCAUUUGAGGUAGAAAUCAUGCAAGGGCCUCCUCAGAAUUCCACUGGCAGCAGCAAGUCGUCUAAGUCAUCCAAGUCCAGAAAGGUGAAAGCAACUGCAGAACCUGUUACAAAUUUGAAUGAUUCAUCUGACGGAAUGGUGAUCAAUGUUGAUCAUAUUGAGGACAAACCAGCACCGAGUGCACCUGGAGUAAAGUCAGAAAAUCUCAGGAAAGCUGUCCUUUGGAAGUUGAUGGUGCAGAUGGCAGGAAGUUGUCAGAUUUGCUCUGCAGUUGAGAUGUCUGACGAGGAGCAAGAAUUCCCAUAUGAUCUUGAAAUAUUGCAAACCAGCGAGGAGGAACUGGACAAAAUAAUCUUCCCACCUGGUCUAGAAGAUUGGGAUACAUGGAACAAGGUUGCGUUCGAGCAAGGCAACUUGCAGAUAUUUCUAAAGUUAGGGCCAUGGAUGCUUCUUAGAUUUCACCAGCUGGCAAUGAUGCCUAUUGAUGGAGAAGUCAAAGGUCGAGAAAACCUUAAAGUUCGAAAGUUCUGUCCCACCCGUCCGGCCUGUCCCGUCCAUCCCACCCGUCUGUUCUGUCCGGCCUGUCCCAUCUGUCCCAUCUGUCCGCAUUGUAUCCCUGGCCUGUCAUUAGAGGUCACAUUCAUGUUUGCCUCAUUGGCAACAGGCCUCAAAGAUGAUAUCAUUCUCACACAGCUGGCUAUGCACAACAUACGCAAGCCACCCUUAUACCUUCCUUCCAGCAUUGUUUCUUUUCUCAGUGCCACCUGCAAAUUGCAAAUUGCAUCCAUGAAGACGUGUUGGAGUGUCCUGAAGAGUAGUAUUUGGGCUGGAGAUUUUGCUGUUCAUGAGAAGAUGAAAGACUUAUUCGAGAUACACGGACACCCUCAUGGCCUUACACAACACACAUUCUAUCCGCCAUUCAAGAUGUGUCCCAAUUCUACCUGCGAUCACACACAAAAAGGCUUGUUGCUCGGCAAGGCUGAACAGCGCAAGGCGGUCUAUUUUGGCCGCUCUGGUACGGUCCCUGCCUACAGUGUUCAACUGUAUUGUGAAUCCGCUAAAUCCCCCUCAGCCUGCAAGACGACUUAUCACACAAACUACAAGGUCACCGGUGACCGAUGCAUUUACUAUGAUUACACCACCGCACUGCCAGACGUUGUGCAGAUUGCGGAUCACUACUUUGUUGACUAUGGAGUAGUGAGGUUAUGGAAGGCCAUGAUGCACGCUUCCUGUACAUCAGCAACCAACUGCGCACACAUUUAUAACAUCGCACUUGCGAAUGUGGAGUCCACGCAGUUCCCAGGCACAAAAUGGUUCAGCAAGAACGUAACUAUGGACCAUGUCUGGAAUGCCUUUAUCAUUUGCACACUGCUUGAAGAUUGCCGUGAACGCCAUUGUCUCCUCGACAUUGGUCAGACCAUUAACCAGAACGAGCACUUCAUUGAGGCGAUGUCAGACAGGAACCAACGCAUGCGGGUCUAUAACCAACCGCUUCCUCAUCGGCACUUUUGUGCUAAGUGUACCCGUAUUUACAAUCAUGGUGAUAUUACCAACCAACUGGUCUCUGUCAUUGUGGUGGACGGCAUUGUUACCGCUUUUGUUACAUCCACUCUGCCCGCCUUGAGCAAUGUGCAAUCAAAGGCUGUGCAUAAUCUGUCGUGUCAGUCUCAAUUCCGUCUACAUGAACGCCUCGAGCGUUCACGGGCUAUCCACGGGCGUCUUGCAAAUGUCCAGGUCGGAGACAACGACAAUGGAACGCAAGCGAUUGGAGAGGAGGAGUAUGACGUGAAAUUAGGAAAGAAGAAGAGACUUCACACGCAGUUCACCUGCAACUAUACUCAUUGUGAGGAGUUGAUUGUUGCGCCUUGCGGAAUGAUUUAUGCUCGUGAGACUAUGCACAAUGCCGAGGGAGUAGGGAGUGUUGCUGAAUUUAUUCGCUGUGUCUUCCGGGACCCAGAGACGCGCCCAACACAUGUGUUUUUCGAUAAUAACUGCCGACUCGCGCUGCAUGUCCAGAACGACCCAUUCUUUCAAGACAUCAGCCUUUCCGUUGACGUCUUCCACUUUGAGUGCAAACAUUCAAAGCAAGACACGUUUUUCCAAGAGAACUGCAACCCUGCCGCAUUUCUGGAGCUCAAGACGGAUGACAGGGAGUGGUACUUUAACUCUUCAGCUUGGAAACAGACUAACUCCUGGUUUGGUAAAUUCAAUCCUAUCAUGCGAGGCAUGAAGCCAGUGAAGUUCGACUUCUUUCUCAACGAAAUGAUCUUAUGCAAGAACCAGGAGACGUUAAAAAAAUUGGACAGGACUGGCAAGAAACCCUCAGUUUGGGCGAGGAUGAGUUCGUCUGGUGUCUGA